UGCUCCUAUGUUGUUGUUAACUUGGUCUAUGUAUGUAUUUUCCUUUUUUGCCGGGGAUUCUACUUCUCAGUUUUCAGAGCCUUCAACAUAACUCCAUUUUCUCUGCUAUGUCGUGAUUCUCACCUCUGGAUUCCUUCCGGAUUUUCUUCCUAAAAGCUCUUUUUUUCCGGCUUCUGAGUUACCAAUUCUUGUCAGCUUUCAAGCAAAAGAUAAGUAGCUUUAACUUCCUUCACUGUUUGCUCUUCAAGAAGCUUCUUUUAUCUGUUUUUUUAUUGACUCUUUGGACAUUUCCCCUUUUUCUGCUUCUGGGUUAUUGUUUUUGAACCUUGUCCUUCUCUUGUCAUGUGAAAGUUUGUUCCUUUUUCUCUUUUCAUCAUGUUGGUCUCUUUGAAAAUUGAAAUGAUGUUUUUUUUUAUUGUUAGAUUGGUGAUUAAUUUUGCUUGAAGAUUAUGUGAAAAAAUAAUUAAGGUUUGAAAUUAGGAUUUGAUGUGUAAUAAUGGGUUUAUUAGUUUGAUCUAGGUUGUUAUUUUGUUUGUGAGAAAAAAAUGGAUAUGAAUUUGUCACAAGGUGGUGUUGGCAAUUCUUUUGGUGGAUUUGAUUUACCUGGAUCAAUUCAGGUUCAUCAUCAAGCACACCAUCCUCAUACUAUUCACCAACAUCAAUCUCAUCCUCAUCCGCGUCAAGGGUCUUCGCUACAUUCAUCGGUUCAUGACGGUUUUCCACUCACAAUGGGAACUUUGCAGAACUGUGAUCAAACUAUUUCAAUGACAGAUUAUAGUAAGGGAGAGAGAAGCAAAAACUCGACGAGUGAUGAUGAUGAGCCGAGUUUUAAUGAGGAUGUUUUUGAUGGUCAACAUGAAGGGGGUAGAGGUAAAAAGGGAUCAUCGUCGCCUUGGCAGCGUGUGAAGUGGACUGAUAAGAUGGUGAGGCUUAUGAUAACAGCUGUUUCUUAUAUAGGUGAGGAUAUAACUAUUGACGGUGGAGGUGGAAAUGGAAGAAGGAGAUUUGCGGUUUUGCAGAAAAAGGGUAAGUGGAAAUCUGUAUCGAAAGUCAUGGCUGAAAGAGGUUAUCAUGUUUCACCUCAACAAUGUGAGGAUAAAUUCAAUGAUCUUAAUAAAAGGUAUAAGAAGCUUAAUGAUAUGCUAGGGAGAGGGACUUCUUGUCAAGUUGUUGAAAAUCCUUCACUUUUGGAUGUAAUAGAUUAUCUUUCCGAGAAAGAAAAAGAUGAUGUUCGAAAAAUAUUAAGCUCGAAACACUUGUUUUAUGAAGAGAUGUGUUCUUAUCAUAAUGGUAAUAGGUUGCAUUUGCCACAUGAUCCUGCACUGCAAUGUUCGAUGCAAUUAGCUCUCCGAAAUAGGGACGAUCAUGAUAAUGAUGAUAUCAAAAGGUCACAUCUUGGCGAUCACGACGAAGAUGAACAAGAUGCAGAAAUUGAUGAACAUGAUGAUUUUAGAGAUAAUUGUGCUUCCCGUGGUGAUAGCAAGGGACUAUUUGGGCGGUUAGGUGGAUCUACUAAGAAAUUGAAACAAAACCAAUGCCAAGAAGAUGCUAAUGUUUCUGGUCAUUCUUUAAAUUGUCAAGAUAAUUUCAACAAAGGUUCGUAUCCCCGCGAACAAUCGGUCCAUUCUGAUGGUAAUAGAGUUAUACCAGAAAACAUGAGAGCAGCAUGGUUACAGAAGCAAUGGGUUGACUCUCGCCAAGCUCAGUUAGAAGAGCAAAAGCUGCAAAUUCAGGUUGAGAAGUUGGAAUUAGAGAAACAAAGAUUAAAGUGGCAGAGGUUUAGUAAGAAAAAGGACCAAGAGUUGGAGAAGCUGAGUCUAGAAAACGAAAGAAUGAAGCUUGAAAAUGAACGUAUGGCUUUAGAACUGAAGCGAAAGGAAAUGAGUAUUGGCCUUAACUAGGUCAGCAACCUUGCAAGCUUUGUGCGUAAACCUUUUCUGCUGUCUCCGGUAAGAUGUAAUCAAUUUAGUUGAAAGAUGCAAAUGUUGAAAGCCAUUAACCCUCGCUCAUGCCUGUACUAUUUGAGUAUGUCAAUUUAACAACUCCAGAUAGUAAUAGUUUUUCUCAAUGAUUGCAUUACCGAAGUUUUGUUGCCUAUAUUUCUAGUAUUAUAUAUACUGUCUUUCAUUUCAUUUAUGUAACAACUGUAUAUGUUGUUCUGCGUAUUUUAUUUUAUUUUAUUUUUCAUUCUAGAAAUCGUUUAUGUUCUGAUCUAGUGGAAAACAAAUUCUAGAGUUGUUGAAGAAAUCAUGUGUUUCAUACUGAUAUAUGUUUGGAAGAGAUGUCAUAUAUAUUAAUUGUAGCUUAUAACUAGAUCAAUGUAGUUUUUUCUAUCUCUUCAUCUAUGUCAUGCACUCAUGUGUUCGUAAUACAUAUAAAUUAUAUACACUUUAUGUUUCUCAGAAACCAGUUGAGUUUGACGUACGGUUUUUAAUUUUAGACUUAGUUUCAUGUCCCAAUUUUUCAAUUUUGUAAUCUUAAAGAGUACUUUUAAAAUGUGAGUUACUAGCCACUAGGAUCAAACUCCUGACCACCAUGUCAUUGAUCAGGUGGAGGCUUGGAAAUGCUUUUAAAAUGUCCACAAUGUUGUCAAUCGCGGAUUAUAGAAAAUGGUGAUUUGUUUGAAUUUUGCUGCGCUGCAGUGCUAUCACACUGCUAUAGCUGAUAUACGACAACACUUUACUUUAAAUAACAUACUGCGGAACCAUAGAGAUUUGUUCAAAUUCCUUCACUGUAGCGCAAAUAUAGCUUCUAUUUGACAACAUUGCUGUCAUGUACAAGAAAUCCAUUUAGGCUUAAAGGAUGGAAAAAACAUAUGUACUAGGUAGGAGUGAGACAUUGGUACAAUGUUCAUAGACAACCCUUUUGGUUAGUUAGUUAAAGAAAUAGUUAGAAGAAAUAAGGCAUGUUGCGUGUAAAUAAGAGGAGGGUUGAGAUAGAAGGUUUUGAGCCAUUUUGUUAGAAUUGUGGUCUUUUGGCUUCGGUAGGUACACCCUUCAAUGUCCCGCAAUUCAUACUGUAAGCUGAGGAAUUCAUCCUAGUUUUAUUGAAUAAAAUUCUAGUUUGAACCA